AUUUUAGGUGAGAACUGCAAUGUAAAUGUUGUGGCGUCUAAGAGAAGUAAAUGAGUGAGAGUUGUGUUGAGCUCUUCUGGUUCUGCAUUUCUGAUCCUGAUUCCUGACCUCAUUCUGAUAUAUUUUUCCUCGUUCUCAGAAUUCAAGCAUAGAUUGUCUUUUAUGAAAAGUGCACUUCUUGUUUUAACAUCUGCAUAGUACAGCUGAAAUGCAUAAUUCAACUCUCAAAUUUAUUGACUAAUGCAAUUUGUUGACUCUGAAAAACUAAUAUAGCUACUGUAUUUACUUAUUAAACCUUGUACAUUAUUUUUAUUUCUUGUACAUGAAAUCAACAACCUUGAAAAAUAAUUCACCUUUUUGGAUUUCCCAAUUUAAAAAUAAAAAAAUUCCGGUCAACGUAAAAGAGCAGUCAAUUCCUUUGUUCUUUCUUGCUUCUCCGGUUCUCCCAGUCGUCUCCCCAGAUCUCAACUUUCCUUUUGCCUCCAAUGCCCUCAAGCCCUUCAACUCCUCCCUAGCGUCGGCUUCCUCCUCCGAUGGAACCGGCAGCGGCGCCAGCCUCCCACGCAGACCUUCACAGCGGCCAUGCCGCCGCGAGGGGCUUUCGGUCGCGCCAGUACGCGGCGCUGGCGCUCACCUUCGCCGCGUACGCCGCGUUCCACGCCUCCCGCAAGCCGCCCAGCAUCGUCAAGGCCGUCCUCUCCGCCGAAUGGGCGCCAUUCUCCGGGCCCCGCGGGACCCACCGCCUCGGCGAGCUCGACGUCGCCUUCCUCUCCGCCUACGCCGCCGCCAUGUUCGCCGCGGGCCACCUCGCCGACCGCGCCGACCUCCGCGUCCUCCUAGCCGCCGCCAUGGUCGCCUCCGGGGCCACGUCGGCCGCGCUCGGCGCGGCGUACUUCUUUGACGUCCACAGCUUCCCCUUCUUCCUCGCCGCACAGGUCGCCAGCGGCGUCGUCCAGUCCGCAGGAUGGCCCUGCGUCGUUGCCGUCGUGGGGAACUGGUUCGGACACGCCUCCCACCGAGGCACCAUCAUGGGGCUGUGGACCUCGCACACCUCCGUCGGCAACAUCGCCGGCUCGGUUCUCGCUGCCGCCGUGCUCGAGUUCGGAUGGGGGUGGUCGUUCAUGGUACCCGCAUUUGUCAUUACCGCGCUUGGAGUGGUGGUGCUAGUGUUUUUGGUUGCUCACCCGAGUGAUGCUGGGUUGGAGCUGGAUAAAAUGGAGAUUGAGAUGAAUGGGGAUGGUGGGGAGGAAGUGGAGCUUCUUGUCGAGGAAAAGAAAAUUGUUGAAGGGGAUGAUGGCGAGUUGGAAGUGGAGAUGAGGUGUCAACUGCCUAGAGCCAUUGGCUUCUUGGAGGCAUGGAGAUUGCCUGGUGUUGCGCCAUAUGCAUUCUGCCUAUUCUUCUCUAAGCUUGUUGCUUAUACCUUCCUCUACUGGCUGCCAUUCUAUAUCCGGAACAACGCUGUAGCAGGCCAGUUCUUGUCACACAAGGCUUCAGGAGUUUUAUCAAUUGUAUUUGACAUCGGAGGAGUUCUAGGAGGGGUUUCAGCUGGUUUCCUCUCAGAUGCAAUAGGUGCCCGUGCUGUAACAUCAGCUGUGUUCCUUCUCCUCUCAAUCCCUGCUCUAAUCCUUUACCGGACAUUUGGAAGCAUAUCAAUGCGCCACAACAUCGGCCUCAUGUUCCUCUCUGGCUACUUCGUGAACGGCCCCUACUCCCUCAUCACCACUGCAGUGGCUACGGAUCUUGGUACCCAAGAUGCUAUCAAGGGGAACUCUCGAGCACUGGCGACGGUCUCUGCAAUAAUCGACGGCACUGGCUCCAUCGGCGCGGCUAUGGGGCCCUUGCUGACGGGGUACAUCUCCACCAGAGGAUGGAACAGCGUGUUCUUCAUGCUGAUCAUGUCCAUAUCAAUCGCCCUAAUGUUUUUGAUACGCAUAGCGAGAGAUGAGAUAGUUAGCAAGAUCGGUGCCAGGCAUUAGGUUGUGGAUGAUGAUGCUUCUGAAUUGUGGUGGCUUAGCAAGAGUUGCAAGCCUGUAGGCGAUAGGUUACGGCCAUUUCUUGGUUCAUGUAUGUGGGUUGGUUGGUUGCACAUAGCUUGUACAUGAAUCAAAAGGCUGAAUAUACAAAUGUUCCUUUUUUUCUGGCAUGAACACACCAUUGCCAUGUUAACGUACGUGGAGUGUUGAAUUA